AACGAAAGGAAAAAAAACACGCUCACUUCAACGUCGAACGUUGAAUGUGCUGCACGACUGGCUCGCGAGUCAGCUCACUCCCGUCUUGCCUUUGACCAACCAGCGUUACUCGUCAAGUCCACAUUCCUUGUGAAAUUGUGUGUCGAACAAAAGCCAGCUGUCAUUCAAUCCCAACGUGACUGCAUAGCGACAAAUUAGUAAAUACAAUCAGGGUGUUUGUGUGUGUGUGUGUGUGUAUCAGCUGAUCGCCCGUUUGCGUUCCACAGCCAAGCAGCGUUCUGUUCACCGGUUACUCAACGGAUAUACUCGAGUCUAUCAAGCCAUGGAUCCUACAUCAGCUGAGUUUAAACAAGAUCUACGUCAGCGGCUAACUCCGCUCCAGUGGUCAGUCACGCAAGAGAAGGGUACAGAAAGGGCAUUUACAAACAAGUACUACAAGCUACGAGACAAGGGCAUUUACGAGUGCAUCUCAUGUGGCCGCGAUCUCUUCGAUUCGGCGACCAAAUACGACUCGGGUUCAGGAUGGCCAGCUUUCUAUGACGUCAUCGAUCCUAAAGGAGUCAAACUAACAAAAGAUGCCUCUCAUGUCGGGGCCAAUCUACUUCUUAUAAUCGCCAAUCCAGGUUUGGUGAGAACCGAAGUAAGCUGCUCCAAUUGCCGCGCUCAUCUUGGACAUUUGUUUACUGACGGUCCCAAACCAACUGGUCUACGGUACUGCAUUAAUUCCUCGUCCUUAAAUUUCCGUCAAGCCGCCGAAGUCGAUAUGGAAAGUCAAGAGACGGGAGAAAAGUCGUUCAGCCCAAGUACUUUCAGUUUCCCCGCCACUCAGGGUGGAUGCGGCCCGCUUAGGUGCGGAGAUACAAGUCUAUCGUGCGCUAAGAAAGUAAACGGCACAGUUUGAUUUCUGCGGAAUAUGUUCAAAACAAUCGAAGCGACAAUAUGUUACGAAAAGGAUGUGCUGCCUAUCUUUUGUAUUAUUUAAUGGUGGAUAGCUGUGCCCUUAAAAUGUACGAAAGAAAUACACAGCUACCAGUGAU